AUGGUUCGAAGUCUACUACUGGACAGGCAAUACUUUUGGUACCUCUUCUCUCUCCUUUUCGUUGGAGAAGCCCUACUAGGACUUCUCAUUAUCAACAAAGUAGCUUAUACCAAAAUUGACUGGGUUGCUUAUAUGCAACAAGUCGAUGGGUUCAUUUUUGGUGAACGUGAUUAUUCCAAACUUGAAGGAGAGACCGGACCACUAGUAUACCCUGCCCUCCAUUUAUACAUUUACGCGGCUCUACACCAACUGCUUCCUAACGACCGGGUCCGAGCGGCACAAUACAUCUUCCUCCUGGUCUACCUCGUUACUUUCACUCUGGUAGGGUGUAUCUACUAUUUUUGUGGGAGUCGAAAUCGCCAUAUUCCUCAGAUCUUAUUGGUACCUCUGACUCUGAGUAAAAGAGCACAUUCGGUUUACCUCCUCAGACUCUUCAACGACCCUUUGACGAUGAUACUGCUCUAUGCGGCUGUGGUGGGGUUCAUGUGUCGCACGACUACUGGAUGGAGGGUAGGUUCUGUGUUGUUCUCUAUGGCUUUGGGAGUCAAGAUGAAUAUCCUUUUAUUUCUUCCAGGUUUGUUGGUGUUGUUGGUUCAAUAUAGGGGAAUCUUUGGGACAUUGGAAAGUACGGCCAUCAUGGCUUCCAUACAAGUACGUAACGUUAUCGCUUCGCCAUCACUUUUUUUCAUCACUGCUCUUCCUUUCCUUGCGCAUGAUUCAUUGGCAUACUUCAAUAGUGCCUUCGACUUUUCAAGACAAUUCUUAUACAAAUGGACAGUCAAUUGGAGGUUUAUCUCCGAAUCAACGUUCUUAUCCAAAGAAUGGGCGACAGGUUUGUUAAUGGGCCAUCUGACAAUCUUGAUGAUUUUUGCGGCCUAUCGAUGGGCGCCCAAUCCAGUCACCCUACUACAUCAAGCCUGCUCGACACCUCAAACGACUAUCACAGAGAUACCUUUGGUACUAUUCACCUCCAACCUAAUAGGAAUGACAUUCGCCCGUUCGUUGCACUAUCAAUUCCAUGUAUGGUACUUUCAUCAAAUCCCACUGUUGCUCUAUCUCGGUGGGGCUUGGGGAAACCCCAUUCUCGGACCGUGUCUAUGGAUAAUGAUCGAGUACGCUUGGGCCACAGCACCCAGUACGAACUUUAGUUCCGGUAUCCUCUUCUUUUCUCAUAUCGUCAUGCUCGGUGGACUCCUCCUGCAUACCAAGCCAAUAUUCAACGACCUCUCCUCAUCUGAAAUCACGCUCGCAUCAACAAGAAGAGAAAACGAAGCUACAUGA